UGCUUUAGAUUUUAGAACUCCAUCUGCUUUCUUAAAGUUGCUUAAAGUAUAAUGCAACGUGCUUCAUAACGUGAUAUACAUAAACAAAUUUUUACUAUUAUAAAAAAAAAUAGGUACUUUUUAAAAUAAAUUCACAAAAAUGGAACCUCCUGUUGCAAAAUCAAAACCUAAUAGUGGAGCAGAGCUAACCGAAAAUGAACAAAAACUUAUUGAGUUCAUCAAGAAAAAACCCAAAGGGGUGACUAUGUCCGAAAUAUCGCAAGAAUUUUCAGACUUGGAAAAAAAAGAGCAAGCAAUCAUCAUAAACAAAUUGUCAUCAACUUCUCGAAUUACUUUUGUAACUAGAGGGAAAAAUCAAUUGAUAUUGCUUAACAAUGCCGUAGUAGGAAGUUCUCUGAAAGGCAGCGAUAACGAGGAGAAAGUAGUAUACGCUAUAAUACAGCAAGGAGGAAACAAAGGGGUUUGGGUUAGAGAUAUACGAAAACAAUGUCAAUUAUAUGAUACAAAGCUUGAUAAAGUAUUAAAGAGUUUAGACUCGAAAAAACUUAUCAAAGAAAUAAAAUCAAUUGCUGCUGGCGGUAAGAAAAAAUUGUACAUGUUGUAUAACUUGGAGCCUCAUAGAUCUGUCACCGGAGGAGCGUUUUAUCAAGGUCGUGAUUUUGAAACUGAGUAUGUUGAUAUUUUGACCCAACAAUCUCAUUUAUUUUUGUCUAAAAAGCGAGAAGAAGCUGAAAAGUUGGAUAUCGGUCCACUUGCUUUGAGAAAAAUGUCUUAUGUUUCUCAUAAAGAAGUAGCUAAGUAUAUCUCUGAUUUAAACGUGAGCAAGGUAGAAUUGAGUGAAGUAGAAGUAAUUUCUCUUUUAAAUUCACUGUAUUAUGAUGGGAAAGUUGACAGAAGCGUUGAUGCUCAUGGUGAUAUUAUAUAUGGUGCUAUUCCCUAUUUAAUCCCUACGCCAGGACUGAUGAAAACUCCGUGUGGAUUUUGUCCCGUUCGAAGGAAUUGUAAUGAUCUAGGAGAUGUAACUCCAUUAAAAUGUUUAUACUUUAAUGAAUGGCUUGAUUUGGGUUCCUAGAUGUUUUCAAUAUGCUGCAAAUAUAUACAGAAUGGUUAAAAAUUUUGUAAAAAAUAUGCUUGAUAUUAAUUUAUAUUUACACAAUAUAUGUUUAAUUUAUUAUCAAUUAAAACAAACU